UAGGCAAAUGCAUCCGGAGAUUGAUUCGGAGCAGCAGUUCUGACUGGUCCAGGCUCUGCCAUGCCCUCUCCGCUUCUCCCGUUGCUGCUUCGAUCGCUGCUCUCCCGACUCCUGCUGCCUGUUGCCCGCCUGGCCCGCCAGCACCUCCUGCCCCUGCUGCGCCGACUGGCCCGCCGACUGAGCUCCCAAGACAUGAGAGAGGCUUUGCUGGGCUGUCUGCUGUUUGUCCUCAGCCAGCAACAGCCACCGGAUGCUGGAGAGACCUCCAGAGUGGACCACUCCCAAAGGAAGCAGAGAUUGGGCCCCCAGAAGUGAGGCCACCGGUCGUGGAAGCAGCAGCGUCCGGCCAUUGAAGUGCCGUGCCGUCUUUUGGAGCGGUUCAGCCCAAGUAUCUGCACUGACUGUAGAAUGCCCAGUGGGAGAAGACGGGAGUGGGGGCUGAGCCCGAGAGGAUUCUGACCCGAGCUCCCACCCUCCUAGGAUCUCGGAGAUGACAGAUGUGCCGUUCUUCCGUUCUUCCCUUCUCCCGGCAGUCCCCUCUGCCAAUGACCCCUGGCCUUCAGGGUAGACCUGCAAAUGGGGGCAGCAAGGUCAGUUAAGAGACAAUGUUCGAGACAAUUUGGCUAAGAGAUGGUAUUUAAACCCAAACUGUCCAGUUUCCCAGACUUAAUAGAAGGUUUCCUUUUGAGAUAGAUGUACCCUCAAAGUUCAGCAUGCAGCGAGUAGUCAAUAAACAAUGGUGCAUUGUGUUGUUUGUUUGUGAGACUGGAUCUUAUGUAUACCAGGCUGGCCUCAGACUCCUGAGGAUGGUCUUGAACCAGCUUUUCUGAGCCUCCUGCCUUUCCCUCACAAGUGCUGGCAUCACAGGCACACGCCCACGUCCAAGCCCAGUCCGAGUGGCACUGGGGAUGGAACUCAGAGCUUUGUAUGCUAACAAGCUCUCUACCAGUGAGCUACACCUCAUCCCUGUGCUGAUGGACUGGGGUGCUUCUGGAAGCCGCACCAUCCCUGCUCUUGCCUAGUGAGGACGGCUGUCUGCGGGAAGUUGAAGAAGGGGUGGGAGAAGACGUUGGCAGAACUUCCUUUGGAUAACUUGUUCCAUCUGUUUCUCCCAGUCCUCACGAG